AUGGCCCCAGCACGCAUUCAAGAGCCGCCGGUCUCUUGGCCCACAGAUUCGAAUAAUCUCCCAACGAGCAAGCUCAACGGCUCACCUGCCAAUGUAGCCGCCAUUGACGACGUGAGAUUCUCGUCAAACCUCCAGCCGAAGGAAUAUAGUAUCUUCGGUACACACCCUGAAUCGACGAUCUUGUUCCUAGAUGUAAAUAUCCUCGAUUCUACUGGACGAUUGCCGUAUCGCGGUGAUGUUCUAAUCGAAGGCGAGAAGUUCGCUGCUGUAGGAGAAGUACCAGAUGUUGAAGCCCUCAAGAGCAACUCCAAGGUCCGGAUAUUCAAUGGCCGCGGGCGAACGCUAUUAUCAGGCCUCGGAGAUGCGCACACGCACUUCUCAUGGAACGGAGGCGAUCUUGAUCGCCUCGGCGAGCUAGGAGUGGAAGAACAUACGCUGUUGACUAUGCGAAGUGCGCAGUGCUUCUUGGAUUCUGGUUACACAAUGUGUUUUGGAGCCGCUUCAGCAAAGAAGCGCUUAGAUGUCGUGAUCAGAGAUGCUAUCAAUGCUGGAGACAUACCUGGGCCGAGGUAUUUGGCUAAUGGGCAGGAGAUGGCGAGACGAGACGGUGAGCUGGUGGGUGGCAUCACUGCCUUCGCAGACGGGCCAGAUGAAAUGCGAGAAGUUAUUCGCGAGCACGUCGAGCUCGGCGUUGACAAUAUCAAGCUGAGCAUGUCCGGAGAGGAGAUCACGGAGAUUCGUUCUGCGCAAGACUGCUAUUUCACGGACGAAGAGACCGCGGCAUGUGUCGACGAAGCACACAAGCUCGGCAAGCGACUUUGUGCUCAUGCACGUGCCAGGGACUCCGUGAAAAUGUGCAUCAGGCAUGGCGUUGACGUUAUCUACCAUGCUUCGUAUAUUGACGACGAAGGCAUGGAUAUGCUCGAAAAAAACAAGACAAAACAUGUCGUGGCCCCUGCUAUCAACUGGCUCAUUGCCACAUUGUACGAAGCAGAAGCAUUCGGAUACCCGCACAGUAAGGCUGAAGAAGUCGGCUACAAAAGAGAGCUCGACGCAGCGAUUGCCGGACUUCGUGAAAUGCACCGCCGGGGCAUCGUCGUCUUGCCAGGUGGCGAUUAUGGGUUUGCCUGGACUCCGCACGGCACGUACGCUCGAGACUUGGAACACUUUGUCAACCUCCUUGGUUUUACGCCGCACGAAGCCAUUAUCGCCGCAACUCAAGGCGUAGCCGCACUGCUCAUGCGUGGCCAUGAACUUGGCCAGGUGAGGCCAGGCUACUUUGCCGACUGCAUCCUCGUCGACGGCAAUCCGCUCGAAGACAUCACCGUGCUUCAAGACCAUGAUAAACUGAAUAUUAUCUGCAUCAAUGGCCAUGUCCACAAGGCCGGCCGGAAGGAAUAUGUACCUCCCCCGAUUGCGGGUCAAGAUGGUAACAUGCAUGUUAUCGUGCCUGACGUUGACGUGCCAGAAGUAAAGCGAGCGAUGCAGAAGCAGUACUAG